UGUCAGUGAAUUACUGCUGCCGCACGGAGUCAUGGCCAAACAGCGCUGUUUAUAAAAUAACCCUGCCGCAGUCGAGGAACUUUGUGUGCUUGUUUAGCUUAACCUUUUCUUUCUAACUGCUAGAUAUUUGGUGAUAAUGGAAGUCUCUCCUGUAUUUUUGUUCCUGCUGUGCGGUCUGUGCGUUUCUCUGGCGGUUGACUUGGGGCUUGUGGACGCAAAUUAUCUCGAUGAUGAUGCAGCUGACUACAAGGACCCUUGUAAAGCUGCUGCCUUUCUGGGAGAUAUUGCUCUGGAUGAAGAAGACCUCCGCUUGUUCAAACAGGCCCAGACCACUGAAGGUGCACAUCACAGUCUCCAGAAAAACCGAACAGACUCAGGAAUCAAAGCAGGAAUUAUUAACCGUUCUGCUUCCAAUGAGAGUGUCAGGAAUAAAAGAGCUGCACUCAGACAGAGUCUCCAUCGUCUGAGGAGAGCAGCCACCUCCAGACCUGAGAGAGUGUGGCCAGACGGCAUCAUCCCAUAUGCGAUCAGUGGAAAUUUUAGUGGCAAUCAGCGAGCCAUUUUCCGUCAGGCAAUGCGUCACUGGGAGAAACACACUUGUGUGGCAUUUACUGAGAGGACAACUGAAGAGAGCUACAUCGUUUUCACCUACAGACCUUGUGGGUGUUGCUCCUACGUGGGGAGGAGAGGCGAUGGCCCUCAGGCCAUCUCUAUCGGAAAGAACUGUGAUAAGUUUGGCAUCGUGGUUCAUGAACUCGGACAUGUGAUUGGCUUCUGGCAUGAACACACACGUCCAGACCGUGACGAGCAUGUAAACAUAAUCAGAGACAACAUCCAACCAGGACAGGAGUAUAACUUCCUGAAGAUGGAACCAGGUGAGGUCGACUCACUCGGGGAGGGAUAUGACUUUGGCAGCAUCAUGCAUUAUGCAAGGAAUACAUUUUCCAGAGGAAUCUUCUUAGACACAAUCUUGCCCAAAUAUGAUGUCAAUGGAGUCAGGCCACCUAUUGGACAGAGGACUAAGCUUAGCAAAGGGGACAUUGCACAAGCCCGCAAACUCUACAAAUGUGCAAAGUGUGGGGACAGCCUGCAGGAGAGUUCAGGAAACUUCUCUUCUCCUGGUUUCCCCAACGGGUACUCAGCAUAUGCUCACUGUGUGUGGAGGAUUUCUGUCACUCCUGGAGAGAAGAUUGUUCUGAAUUUCACAUCCAUGGACCUCUUUAGGAGUCACUUGUGCUGGUAUGACCAUGUGGAGGUUCGAGAUGGGGUCUGGAGAAAUGCUCCUCUGAAAGGCCGUUUUUGUGGGGACACACUUCCAGAUCCAAUCAUCUCUACUGACAGUCAAUUGUGGGUCGAAUUCAGAAGCAGCAGCAGCUGGGUUGGCAAAGGCUUUUCAGCUGUUUAUGAAGCCAUCUGUGGGGGAGAGGUGAGGCGGGACAGUGGCCAGAUCCAGUCUCCUAAUUACCCUGAUGACUACCAGUUUAAUAAAGUGUGUGUGUGGAAAAUCACUGUAGCCGAGGGUUUCAGUGUCAGCCUCACUUUUCAGUCAUUUGAGAUUGAAAAACAUGACAGCUGUGCCUACGACUAUGUGGAAGUAAGGGAUGGCAGUUCAGAGAGCAGCCUGCUGCUCGGCCAUUUCUGUGGCUAUGACAAACCAGAUGACCUCAAAAGCAGCUCCAACCAGCUCUGGCUGAAGUUUGUAUCUGAUGGAUCAGUCAACAAAGCUGGGUUUACAGCCAGCUUUUUUAAAGAGAUGGAUGAGUGCUCCACACCUGACAAUGGUCACUGUGAGCAGCGUUGUCUGAACACGCUGGGCAGCUACAGAUGUGCCUGCGACCCAGGGUAUGAACUAGCAGCUGACAGAUACAGCUGUGAAACUGCCUGUGGUGGGUUUAUCACCAAGCUGAAUGGCUCCCUCACCACCCCCAGCUGGCCCAAAGAAUACCCACCCAACAAAAACUGUGUGUGGCAGCUGGUGGCACCUGUUCAGUACCGCAUCACUCUGGUGUUCGAUGUGUUCGAGACCGAGGGAAAUGAUGUGUGUAAAUAUGACUAUGUGGAGGUGCGCAGUGGGUUCAGCUCAGACUCAAAGCUUCAUGGAAAGUUCUGUGGAGCAGAGAAACCCGAGGUCAUCACCUCCCAACAUAACAACAUGAGGAUUGAGUUCAAGUCUGAUAACACUGUUUCCAAGAAGGGCUUCAAGGCUCACUUCUUCUCUGAUAUAGAUGAAUGCUCCAAAGAAAAUGGAGGCUGCCAGCAUGAAUGUGUGAACACCUUUGGAAGCUACAGCUGUCAAUGUCACAGUGGCUUCAUGCUGCAUGAUAAUAAGCAUGACUGCAAGGAAGCUGGCUGUGAUAAUGUUGUAAAAAGUGUAUCAGGCAUAAUCAGCAGUCCCAACUGGCCUGGCCAAUAUCCGAGCAAGAAGGCCUGCACCUGGACUCUGUCCACAACCCCAGGUCAUCGGAUCAAAUUUGUUUUCAACGAGAUCGACAUGGAGGCUCAUCUGGAGUGCGCUUACGACCAUCUGGAGAUCUAUGAUGGGCAAGAUGUCCAUGCCCCAAGUUUAGGACGCUUCUGUGGUGCCAAGAAGCCUUCUCCGGUUGUGUCCAGUGGCAACAAACUGUUCUUGCGUUUUUUCUCAGACAGCUCGGUCCAGAGGAGAGGCUUUGAGGCUUCAUACAAAGCUGAAUGUGGAGGAAGCCUUAAAGCCGAUGUCAAGACAAAAGAGCUGUACUCUCAUGCACGGUUUGGAGAUAACAACUACCCCGGUGGCUCCGACUGUCUGUGGGUGGUCACUGCUGAGAAGGGUUACGGAGUGGAGAUUGUCUUCCAUGUGUUUGAGAUCGAGGAGGAAGCGGACUGUGGCUAUGACUAUGUGGAGUUGUAUGACGGCGCUGACGUCAAAUCUCCAAGGCUGGGACAAUACUGUGGUUCUGGGGCUCCAGAGGAGGUCUACUCAGCUGGAGACGCAAUAGUUUUAAAGUUUCACUCAGAUGACAGCAUCAAUAAAAAAGGCUUUCAUGUACACUACACGAGCAUAAAGUUCCAGGACACAUUACACGCAAGCAAGUGACUGUCUAAACCAACCCCGAC